AUGGCAGUUCUCCUCUCAACAAUGAAGGGUAUGCUCUUUCUCUUGCUCCUCCCAUGCUUUUGUUUUGGUCAGCCUGCACCUCCACUGCUGCGUUUCUCCAUCUUCCUGGAGCCUGCAAACAGGGUCUACCUCCACUGGGACCAUGACGAAGAGGAGAUGAUGACAUUUGAGCUGCAGGUCCAUACAACUGGCUGGGUGGCAUUUGGAUUCAGCCCUGAUGGAGAGUUACCUGGAUCUGACAUUGUGAUAGGAGGUGUCUUCCCAAAUGGCAGCAUCUACUUCUCUGAUUGUCACGUGGUAGAUCAAGCAACCCUUGAGGAAGAUGAGAGCCAGGACUACCAACUGCUGUCAGUGACAGAGAACGAGACCUCCACCACCAUGCUGUUCAAACGCCACCUCCAAACAUGUGACCCUAAUGACCUGGAUAUCACAUUUGCUGUCCCAGCUGAAGAAACCAAGUAUGCCUGCACCUUUAUUCCACUGCCCAGGGUCAAGCAGAAACACCAUAUCUACAAGUUUGAACCUGUAAUAACACCCCACAACAUAACUUUGGUUCAUCAUAUUCUUGUUUAUGCCUGUGGAAACGCCAGCGUGUUACCCAGCAGCAUAGACGAUUGCUAUGGACCCAAUCCGGAUUUUGCCCUGUGCUCUCAGGUGCUCGUGGGCUGGGCUGUGGGAGGAGAGUCUUAUCAAUAUCCAGAGGAAGCUGCAGUUUCCAUAGGGACACCUUGGGACCCUCAGUAUGUCCGACUAGAAAUCCACUACAGCAAUUUUGACUUGUUACCAGGCUUGAUCGACAGCUCAGGGAUACGACUCUACUAUACGCCAGAGCUGCGGAAAUAUGAUGUGGGUGUUCUGCAAACAGGCAUCUUCACUUUCCCUGUGCAUUUCAUUCCUCCUGGUGCAGAAUCCUACAGAUCUUACGGCCUUUGCAACUCCAGCCAGUUUGAUGAAAUGAAUGGGAUGCUGGUUCCAGAUCUGCAUGUCUUUGCCUACUUGCUUCACACCCACCUAUCUGGCAGAGGAGUGAAAGCUGCUCAAUACCGGAAUGGUGAGCAGCUGGGGAUCAUCUGCGAGGACAAUAAGUACGACUUCAGCCUGCAGGAGGUUCGGGACAUGAAGGAAACCCUCACAGUCAGACCGGGGGAUGAGAUCCUGGUUGAAUGCAACUUUCAGACACUGGAUCGGUCAGGGAUUACUUAUGGUGGGCCAAGCACCAUGAAUGAGAUGUGUCUCACAUUCCUUUUCUACUACCCUCGUAACAACAUCUCCAGUUGUAUGGGCUACCCUGAUAUUUUGUACAUUGCGCAUGCACUCAAGCAGGAGGCCUCAGAUGCAGUGGAAGCAAUCAUGGCCUUGGACUUUGUUGACUGGGAUAACGAGACUGUCAAAAUUGCAGAGAAAGUAGCCAAGGAGGCAGACCAAGUAGUCAUGAUUAAAACCAUUAAUGUAAGUCCCCCUUCUGAGCAAUUUGUGGGUGGGCAAAUAGAGUUUGUUCUGAAGUUUCGAGAGUAA